AAAGAUCCUUAAAAUGUACCUAUCAAGAAUAACAUGUAUGGGAUGGGUUUUGACCACAGCUUUGGGCUUUGGUUUAUUACUCGAUGGUUGAAACCAGAGCUGAUGAUUGAGAGUGGCGCUUUCAAAGGACACUCAACUUGGGUCCUGAGACAAGCAAUGCCUGAUACACCAAUCAUAUCAAUUACACCCCGUCAUCCAGAGAAAUAUCUGAAGAAAGGACCUGCUUAUGUCGAUGGAAAUUGCACGUACUUUGCUGGAAAAGACUUUGUUGAUUUUGGAAGUGUUAAUUGGGCAAAAGUUAUGAAGAAACAUGAAAUCAAGGAUCUUAGCAAGGUUCUUAUAUUUUUCGACGACCAUCAAAAUGAACUGAAAAGACUAAAGCAAGCACUGAAAGCAGGGUUCAGACAUCUUGUGUUUGAGGACAACUAUGAUACUGGCUCUGGAGACCACUAUUCUUUUAGGCAGAUGUGCGAUCAAUUUUAUGUAAGAGGUGGGGGUCAUAGCUGCUUUAAGGAUAGUGAUGAAGCUAGGGUUAGAUCAAGAAGGAAGAAGUUUUGGGAGAAGGCCGUUGAUAUUGAGGAACUAUGCGGUCCUGGUGAAGCUUGGUGGGGUGUGAGAGGGCAGAUGUGUGAUGAUUUUAACCACAGCAAUAAAGCUAUUACUUAUGCGGAGCAUUUUCAAAACAGCAGGUUUGUAGAGUCAGUGUUAGAUGUUUACUGGGAGCUCCCGCCUGUGGCUGGUCCUUCACUUACUCAUCAGACGAGAUACGAUCCAGCUCGUGCACAAAGUCCUAUUAUUGAAGAUGGCAGAUAUAGAUUGUUUCAGAGGCUUGGCUUAUCUGGACUCGAGACUUCUGUAUUCAAUGGUUACACUCAAAUGGUCUAUCUUCAGGUGUCGCAAGAACCUUAAUUGGUUUUAGAUUUGGUCAAAAAUGAGCUUUUUGUUGCCACUGUAUUAGGUUGUAGUUUUGUUCUUUACAUGUAUAUCUCCUUUCUCUCUCUAUUUCUUCAGUUCUUUAGGAUGUACUUCUUGAGAGCCAAGUGUAUCCCUUGUCCAUUUGGGCAUGGUACUAACGGAAUUUGCUCAUGCCCUGGUUGUUAUAAGUACUACAGUCUACAGUAUUAUUUACGUGAAGUUUUAGAUGUCCAA